CAAAAAUUAUUCUCUCGAUCUCUCGAUCUCUUUUCCGUGGGUACAAAACCUCUCUCCUUCUCCAUUCCAUUGUAUUGAUGAUCUUAGGUCCAUUCUAGCGUCUAGAGCAGCCAAUCUUCUCCGUGCUUAUAAUGGCAACUGUCAAGCCUCCUCCAGAGAUAGUCCGCGGGCAAGCAUUCGACGUAGGGCCCCGAUAUUCAAACCUUUCUUAUAUUGGAGAGGGUGCAUAUGGGAUGGUUUGUUCUGCAGUAGAUAACCAAUCAUUAACCAAAGUGGCCAUCAAAAGGAUAACCCCGUUUGAACAUCAGACAUAUUGUCAAAGGACACUAAGAGAGAUAAAGAUCCUAACUAGAUUCCGCCACGAAAAUAUAAUUGGUAUACUGGACAUACUCAAGCCGCCAUCCAUGGCAGAAAUGAAAGAUGUUUACAUUGUCCAGACACUAAUGGAGACUGAUCUUUACAAACUGCUCAAGACACAGCACCUCAGCAAUGAUCACAUUUGUUACUUCCUCUAUCAGAUUCUCCGUGGGUUGAAAUACAUACAUUCUGCUAAUGUACUACAUCGUGAUUUGAAGCCAAGCAAUCUUCUUCUUAAUACCACCUGUGAUCUCAAGAUAUGUGAUUUUGGUCUGGCGAGAAUAGCAGAUCCUGAGCAAGAUCAUACCGGUAUACUAACUGAGUAUGUCGCCACCAGAUGGUACAGGGCUCCUGAAAUAAUGUUGAAUUCUAAAGGAUACUCCAAAGCCAUUGAUAUUUGGUCUGUUGGCUGUAUCUUGGCCGAAAUGUUGUCAAAUCGCCCGAUAUUCCCUGGAAAGCACUACCUUGAUCAACUUAAUCACAUCUUGAAUGUGAUUGGAUCUCCAACAGAGAAGGACUUGAGUUGUAUUAGGAAUGAGAAAGCUAAAAGCUAUCUUAAAAACUUACCAUUCAAGCCCACUGUACCAUGGUCUAGGCUAUAUCCCAAGGCCGAUCCCAAAGCUCUUGAUAUAUUAGGCAAAAUGUUGACAUUUAAUCCAGACGAGCGCAUAUCGGUGGAUGCUGCUUUGGCCCACCCAUAUUUAGAGCAGUACUAUGACCCUGACGAUGAACCUGUAGCUGAAGUUCCCUUUAAGUUUGAGAUGGAGUUGGAUGAUUUGCCUAAGGACAGACUUAAACAAUUAAUUUACGAAGAGACAAUGAACUUUCAUCCUCAUGCAGUUUAAAUUAUUUUUGUUUUCAUCAGUGAAAUCUCUCACACACUCUCUCUCUCUUUUGUUAAGUGUCUUUUCUCUGUCUGUACUUUUGAGUAGAUGAUGUGAACUAAUGACAUAAUUAUUAAUAUUAUUUUUUUGACUCAUAAUAAUUAAUUAUUAUUUAAUGUGUUUUUAGUCAUUAUUAUUAUUAUUAUUAUUGUGAUAUUGAUUCAUUAAAAAUCCUUUUCUGCAUCCCUGGAUUACACUUGA